CGGGGGAGCAGCUCAGCGGAACGCGUGCUGGGGCGGAGCCGCAGGAACUGGAAGGUGUCCCGGCGGAGAGGGGCGGGGCCGGCCAGAGAGGCCGGAGGUGUUGGCUCCCGUCCGACUUAGCAGGUGAAGCGUCGCUCUUAAAAGUUUUAAGGGCUCGGCUGGGUUGGGUCGGUCCUUUGCCCCUCCGCCGCGCCGGAACGCUCAUUUCGCCCCGCUGACCGGUUGCAGUUGGAGCCAUUUCCUCUGCCCUGAGAUAGCCCGGCGAGUGGUGGUGGGGGCGUCCCACGUUUGGCGGAGGAGGAACCGGCGGAGAAGCAUCCUUUGGGCUUUCUCUUCAGCCGAAGUCCCGUAUAAAAAGCACCGACCGACCGGGCCGAACUGGCUCGGCUGCUUCCUCGGAAGUUUAGGCUUCGAUAAAGAUUAGCCCCUUCCAGCCUGGCCCGGUUUUUGGUUUUUUUUUUCCUUGCAGAGUCGGAGUCGGUUUGUUUUUGUUUUUUUUUUUCCCGUUUGUUUCUCUUUGACACGUCGAUGGUGAGAAUCUCGACGCUCAACUCCGGACGCUGCCAUGGCCUUCGCUAAUUUCCGGCGCAUCUUGCGCCUCUCUAACUUUGAGAAGCGGCGAUCCAAAGAAUACGAGCACGUGCGCCGGGAUUUGGAUCCCAACGACGUGUGGGAGAUCGUCGGGGAGCUGGGCGACGGCGCCUUCGGCAAGGUGUACAAGGCCAUAAACAGGGAGACCGGAGCCUUAGCUGCUGCCAAAGUUAUUGAGACCAAAAGUGAAGAUGAGCUGGAAGACUAUAUAGUGGAAAUAGAGAUUCUUGCUACUUGUGAUCACCCACACAUUGUAAAACUCCUAGGAUCCUUUUAUUAUGACAGCAAAUUAUGGAUUAUGAUUGAGUUUUGUCCUGGUGGAGCUGUAGAUGCUACUAUGCUAGAGCUGGAUCGAGGCCUGACUGAAUCCCAAAUCCAGGUGAUUUGUCGCCAGAUGCUGGAGGCUCUCAACUAUCUGCAUGGCAAGAAGAUUAUCCAUCGAGACUUGAAGGCAGGCAAUGUGUUGCUAACCCUAGAUGGAGAUAUUAAACUUGCCGAUUUUGGAGUAUCAGCCAAAAACAUGAAGACUGUGCAGAAGAGGGAUUCUUUCAUUGGCACACCAUACUGGAUGGCUCCUGAAGUAGUGAUGUGUGAGACUAUGAAAGACACCCCUUAUGAUUAUAAGGCUGACAUAUGGUCCUUGGGCAUAACACUCAUAGAAAUGGCACAAAUAGAGCCACCUCACCAUGAGCUGAACCCUAUGAGGGUCUUACUGAAAAUAGCCAAAUCUGAUCCUCCAACUCUUAAUUAUCCAUCAAAGUGGUCUCUAGCAUUCAGAGAUUUUCUGAAGACUGCACUUGACAAAAACCCUGAGACCCGGCCAACUGCCACACAAUUACUGGAACAUCCUUUUGUCAGCAAGGUCACCAGUAAUAAAGCCUUACGUGAGCUCGUGGCAGAGGCAAAGGCUGAAGUGAUGGAGGAAAUUGAAGACAAUAGAGAGGAAGGUGAGGAAGAGGACUCAUCAGAAUCUGCCUCUCCUCAUGACGUUCAGAAGAGGGAUUCUUCUCUUUCAAGCCAGUUAGGUUUGGAAGGAGAAAAGCUUCAAGAAAACCGCUUAUCACUUGUGGCCAAUGGACCAAAGUUGCCUUUGGAGCACGUCAAGGAAGCUAUAAAUGGGCAGGACAGUAGGCUUUUGGAGGAAGAAACUAGAACUGAAGCUCUGGUCAAAACUGCUGAGCAUUCAGAUAUGUUGGGAAUUGAAAGUUAUUCAGUCCUGCCUGGUGCCAAACAGAAGUUAAACACCAGCACCCAGGCAUUGCAGCCCAAUGAAAACAUUAAACCAGCAGAGGAUGGGGCUGUCAACCACCAAAAGGAAAGCACUGAGACAGCAAACAGUGAGGAUUCAAAUUGGGGAAGCCACACUGUAAACAGCCUCCUUGAAACACCAACUGAAGAAAAACUCCCCAAUGGGAGUGUGAACUCUUCUCAGUUUGAGAAUGACAGCCUUAAGAGAGAUUCUGAUUCUGGUAGCACCUCUGCUUCAGAGAGUAUGGACCUCAACAUCUCUUUAUCUACUGAUUUGUCCUUGAACAGAGGCAGUGAAUCCCACUCCCUAAAGAAUGCAAAAAUGCAGAACAUGACACUGAAACGAACAAGAAGAUUUGUAGUAGAUGGAGUGGAAGUGAGUGUUACCACUUCAAAAAUUAUUAGUGAAGAUGAAAAGAAGGAUGAAGAGAUGAGAUUCCUCAGGCGCCAGGAGCUGCGGGAGCUACGUUUACUUCAGAAAGAGGAACAUCGGAAUCAGACACAAUUAACAAACAAACAUCAACUGCUCGUGGAACAAAUGUUAAAACGUUUUGAACAAGAAAUGAAUUCAAAGAAGAAGUUUUAUGACACGGAAUUAGAAAAUUUAGAACGGCAACAGAAGCAACAAAUUGAAAAAAUGGAGCAAGAUCAUGCACUGAACCGGCGAGAUGAAGCUAAACGUAUCCGUGCUGAGCAAGAACGGGAUCUGGUUAAAUUUCAAGAACUGCUGAAACAAAAAAAGAAAGAGCUCAAGAAUGACAUUGAAAAACUCCCCCGGCAACAACGCAAGAGCAGCAUGAAAGUGAAGAUGGAUGAAUUUGUACAAAAAAAGCAAGUAAUGGAACAAGACUUUAUAGCCAAGCAAUCUGAGGAUCUGGAGCAGGCUAUGAAAAACAUUACAGCUCAGAAUCGGAAAGAGAUCUGUGACAAAGAACGAGAUUGCCUCAAUAAAAAGCAGCAACUUAUGAGAGACCGAGAAGCUACUAUUUGGGAUCUUGAAGAGCACCAUCUGCAGGAGAAGCACCAGACUUUGAAACAGCAACUAAAAGAUCAGUAUUUCCUCCAGAGACACGAGCUGCUCCGGAAACACGAGAAGGAACGCGAGCAAAUGCAACGAUAUAACCAGCGCAUGAUAGAACAGCUGAAAGUUAGGCAGCAGCAAGAGAGGGCCCGUCUCCCCAAAAUUCAGAGGAGUGAAGGGAAAACCCGCAUGGCCAUGUAUAAAAAGAGUCUCCAUAUCAACUCCAGUGGAAGUGCCUCAGAACAGAGAGAGAAAAUAAAACAGUUUGCACAGCAGGAAGAUAAGAGACAAAAAGCUGAGCGAAUGCAACAGCAGCAGAAGCAUGAAAUGCAGAUGAAGGAGAUGUUGGCUCAGUGUGAGAGCAACAUGAAUGAACUGCAGCAGUUACAGAAUGAAAAGUGCCACCUUCUGGUUGAACAUGAGACCCAAAAACUGAAAGCCCUGGACGAAAACCACAACCUGACCCUCAAGGACUGGCGAGAUAAACUUAGGCCAAGAAAAAAGGCACUAGAAGAAGAACUGAAUCAGAAAAAGCGAGAACAAGAGAUGUUUUUCAAACUCAGUGAAGAAACUGAUGGCCUGUCUCCUAUAUCACCAAACAAGCCUGCUAAAUUUGUCCCAUUCAGCUCUGCAGAGGCUUCAUAAUACUUGGGUUAAGAAGGCAAGGCUCGGUAAUACUUUCCUUUGCCUGUUGGAGGGAAAUCAACAGACAGGGCUCCUUCCUUUCUUUGCCAACACUGAUCAGAGUUUCCUGUUCAGUUGUGUGCCAGAUAGUCCAUGUGGCUAGCAAACUGAUCCACUAGCGGUGAGGCAGGUUCACAUAUAGGUUAGAAGCAAGCUUCAAGGGGACCACCUGAUGGGGUCGACUGCAGAAUCUACAUUGCUUGCUGAAUCCUUCCCCGGCCAGUUUUACCAUUUCCUAAUGGGAUAGUGGAAAAGAUCUAAGAGGAGAUUAAUUACAGUAUUGGUUUAAUUUUCCAAGUUAGCUUUCCUGUGUAUUUGAGCUUAAUGAGUAGGUGGUUUUACUCAACAGUAUAACUUUGAGACUCAAUAGUAGAUGAUGUUUACCUGUGAUAGCCUUUAAGAUGACAGUAAACCAUCACCUGUGUUUAACAUGGUCUCUACCCUUGUAGAUUAAGCAAGACUGCUUUUUGUUCUGUGCUUCCCUUUUGGAAUUGAUCAGCAUCUUCCGAACAGCUUGUGACAUAAUUUGCAUUUUUUCUUUGAUAUAGAAUAGCUUGAAAUUUAAAAGCAAAGCAGUCUUAAAACAAACAGGGUAGCCAGAGGAAUGAAUUUCUAUCAUGGUGAAGGUUGAGUAGAGACUAUGGAAAAUGCUUCCAAUCUGGGCUACGUUUAAAUAAACAGACUUGCCCAAGUUAAAUGGUUGUAAAUGUACAGUAAGGAAGAAUGAUUUUUCUCUUGUCAAUCAUCUGUGAUCCCAGUAGCUUCUCUUUUCAGAUGCAGCAUUGCACCUUUGGUUUACCUGUGUGCUAGUGAACCAGAAUUCUGUGGUUCCCUUUCUUUCCACAGUCAAGGAUGAAGCUUCUGCUGAAGUUAUGGAAAGAGCUAAUGUUUACUCUUUAGGUAAAUUAAAGAAGAGCAACCCCAGAUGUCUAUGGCAACAAAUUUGUCGCUGGAUUAAGAUUGAAGGCACUUUGCUUUGUAUCAAAUUGUAUAUGAUUUUCAAGUUUUCAUAGAGCAGCAACUGCUAGCUUAGGGAUUUUCUCGUGCUAAAUGAUUGGGUGUGCUCAGAAUUGAAGACAUAAUUUUGAAAUAAAGCAAUGCUCGGUUGCUAUGAGUAAUUCCAGCCUUUGUAGUUUUUCUGAAUCAAUAGAAAGGGCCACCUAAGAGAAGCCACAGGUUGUAGAAUAUAUUAUUAUAAAUUUGAAAUGCUAAAGCAGUUCAGUAUUUCAAACUUUUACAAAUGCUAUUUUUGACCAAAGAGAUCUCUUUUCUUUCCCUCCCCCAUGUUUUUUUAUUUAUUUAAUAUAAAUUUCCUCUUUGCCAGUUGGCAUUUCCCUAUGAGUUAUAUUUAAAUUGUUGUUUUCACAUUGAUGAAGUAUAAUUCACACAGAUUUCAAUUUGAGCAACCAGCUAUAUGCGCUAAAUGCAUUGUUUGGUACUUGUUUAGCUAUAAGUCCAAACAGAAAGCUGAUACAAUUCAUUUUCACCAUCUCAGAACAAUAUGCAUUUUUGGAGAGAACAUGGUCCAGUGUUCCUUUUGGUGUCCAGUAUAGGGUCAUUCUAAGCAUAGCUCGUUGCUCUCUCAGUAGGAAAAAUGGUUCUGUUUUCUUAUGCACUGUUCUUCAGAGCACUGUAGCUAACGACCUGAUUUCUGUGCUGACAGCUAAUUUGUCGGAAUGUCAAUUGAAGUUUAGUAAACUAGUGGCUGCUGACAGAGCCAGCCACAAUGUGUCAAACAUUAUAUUAAAGGUGGCAAAGUGAAAGUCCAAUCUGAAAGAAAUGUCUGCUGAAAGGAUACUGGAUAUUAGAAGUUUUUUAGGAAGUGUGUGUUCACAAAGCACUUUAAUCCCUCUUCACACUGUUUUAGAUCUUUGUGCAUUAAGACAAUGUGUGAGGAGAGAGAGAGAGAGAAAAGGGAACAAAGCCUGCACAUGAAUGUUGAAAGUAAAGGCAAAUUUUCUUUGAACAGUGUUAGCUUCGUGUUGAAAAUUAUGGAUGCUUUAUAACAGGAGUCUCCAACCUUGGCAUUUUUAAGACUCAUGGACUUCAACUCCCAGAAUUCCUCAGCCAGCAAAGCUGGAGUUGCAGUCCACGAGUCUUAUAGUUGCCAAGGUUGGAGACCCCUGCUUUAUAAUCAUUGUGUCUUGGGUGCAUUGGUUUGUAUGCACAUUCCUGCUCUUUCCUCUCUUGGCCAAGAAAAAGCAUACACUCACAAUUGCUUUUUCUCUCUUCCCUUCCCUUGCCAAAUUGAUCCUGGCUGUUCCCAAAGGGGCUGGAACUUCCCUUUGUGCAAUAUGCAUCUUCUAGUUUUUCCAGGAAGGUUAUUGAAAGAAAAAAUAUCCCUUCCCUACUUUAAACGCUUGUUAACCUAGGGGAAAAAAUAUUUUGGUUUCAUCAGGGGAGAGAGAAGAUAUUUUGUAUUUUUAUAGGGGUAAGGGUUUUUUUUUUUUUGGAAAAUAAAAAGAUCUCAAAGAUUUUCUCUCUUUGGGUUACCACAAUGAUGUAAAUAAUCUAAUAAAAUAUGAACCACUAAGCCAGGGGUCUCCAAACUUGGCAACUUUAAGACUUGUGGACUUCAACUCGCAGAACUCCCAGAAUUCCUCAGCCAGCUUUGUGGAGUUGAAGUCCACAAGUCUUAAAGUUGCCAAGUUUGGAGACCCCUGCACUAAGCCUUUGCAUAGCAAUCCACAAUUGCAUUCCUGCUGCGUGUCUCUUUAGGUCAGCAGUGCUGAGCUGUAUUUAUACAUGAUCUUGGCUUGGCUACAGUGGAAUUGUGUUUCAUAACUCUGUUGAUUGGCAUUUAAAAAAAAAAAACCCAAAUCCACAGCUUGCUGAUCCUGUAGAAAGUGUUUUUAAAAUAUAGAUGGUCUUACUUGAAAAUAUCUGUACUGUAUUGGAAUGUGUUAAUAUUAAACUAUUAAUUCUUGAAGCAAA